UCAUCAGCAUCAUCCUCCUCCUUCCGCCACCCACCGCCGCCUACUUCGGCUUGACCGGGAAAGAAGCUCUGACCCACUUCCCAUCCCUGGGACCCUCCACAAACGCUGCCCAGGGGAAGGUGCACAUGAAGCAGUGUGACUUGCUGAAGCUGUCCCGCAAGCAGAAGAGGCUGUGCCGGAGGGAGCCUGGCUUGGCAGAGACCUUGCGGGAUGCCAUCCGGCUCGGAGUCAUGGAGUGCCAGUACCAGUUCCGCAGUGAGCGCUGGAACUGCAGCCUGGAGGGACGGACCAGCCUGCUGAAGCGAGGUUUUAAGGAGACUGCCUUCCUCUACGCCGUAUCCUCUGCUGCUCUCACCCACUCCUUGGCCAGAGCGUGCAGUGCUGGGCGCAUGGAGCGCUGCACCUGCGAUGACUCCCCAGACCUGGAGAAUCGCAAGGCCUGGCAAUGGGGAGUCUGUGGAGACAACCUCAAAUACAGCACCAAGUUCCUGAAGAAGUUCUUGGGGCAGAAGAGGAUUGGCAAAGACCUGCGGGCCAAGGUGGACAUCCACAACACCAACGUCGGCAUCAAGGCUGUGAAAAAUGGUCUCAAAACCACAUGCAAGUGCCACGGUGUCUCUGGCUCAUGUGCUGUCCGGACAUGCUGGAAGCAGCUUUCUCCUUUCCAUGAGAUUGGGCGACUGCUGAAGCUGCGCUACGAUGAUGCCGUCAAGGUCUUCAGCACCACCAACGAUGCUGUGGGACACUCGGAGCUGGCUGGCCCCCAGAGACACAGCCAUUCGCCCAAGCACCCUGCUUCACCCCGCUCUACUGACCUGGUGUAUGUGGAAGAUUCCCCUAGUUUCUGUCGUCCCAGCAAAUACUCCUUGGGAACUGCUGGGAGGACCUGCUCUCGGGAAGGCAACUGUGACAGCAUGUGCUGUGGACGAGGCUAUAACACCCAGAGCCGGCUGGUUACCUUCUCUUGCCACUGUCAAGUGCAGUGGUGUUGCUAUGUUGAAUGCCAGCAGUGCAUGCAGGAAGAGGUUGUCUACAGCUGCAAGCAGUAAAGACAGUGCUAGAGGGUCAAGGCAAGUCCUAGAGCACAAGGAAGCAGUAGGGAGGGAGAGAUGUGAUUCUCUGCUGUGGGGUGAGGGCAAAGGCAAGCACCAAAAAUGUCCAGUGCUCCUGUUAUCUCAAUGUUGAGAUCCUCCAGUCUGGGGAGGACUCCUGUAUGAGGGGUGAAAACCAGAGGUUUUGUGAGCUAUCAGAUCAGGAAGCAGGGUCAGAGAGUGGGGGUAACGUGGGGACAGCAGAAACACUGACGCAGUCAAAAAUACCUCUCUUGAGCUAAAACUUGUACUCUGGUCUGCAGGAACAUCCCCUCCUCCAUCUCUAACUUGUGCUUAUGUAAAUGCAUUGGGGUGGUGAAACUGAAAUUCUGAGAGCUUGAAUUAAGGGGCCACGGAAGGAACUAACCAGAGACUGGAUCCUGAUGUAGCAGAGCCAGCUGCGUUCCUGCACCAAGGCAAAAUGACUCUGGCAGCAGAGAUCUGCAGUGCUGUUCUCUGGCUGCUGGUUGAACCCUUUCUGCUUUGAACUCAAAGACUUGCUGUUGAGUAAUCUCAUCUCGAUGCAAGAAUUAUGCCUCAGAAAUGCCAGUUUACAAACAAACGGAGCUCAUGUCCAUCAUCUCCCAGGUCGAAGUUUGGAUGUGAGACUCCAAGUGCGUGUUAACCACGUUUUAAUCUUGCUGUACACAGGAGACCUGGAAUUGCCUCUGUUACAGUGUAUGUACUGCAGGAACUCAGACGAGGUCUGGGAAGUGACCCCUCUGACGCAUGCUGCCCCGCAGGGAGUUAUUUAUGGUGGUGGAUCCAGGGUGACGGUGCCAAUUCUGCAUCUUUCCCCCUCCCUCCCUUGGCUUGUCCCAGCCAAAACUUUUGGUCUCAUCACCUUUUUGUCUCGUGGGUACCACUCUGCCUGGUGCUCAAGGUGCAUCCCAUCCCACAGUUCUGCCCUGUGCUAAUGACGGGGAACAUUUCUGAAAGGGAAUAAGGAACCACAGGAACUGGGACAGCUUAUAAAUUGCAAGUCACGAGUGAGAAUCUCUGCACAGGGGAGUUAGAUAUAUCGAGAUAACGCAGGCACCUGGCAGGAGAGAAGGUGACCUGGGGGAAAAGAACACAGUCCAUUACACAGAUGUGAUGCCCUGGCUUUGGGCUGUAUUUACCUAGUUCACUUUCAACUGAACAAAACAUAAGCAACCUGUUUUGUUUCUUUUGGCUGUGUCUUGUGAAUGGCAUUCACUGCCCAGCCACCAGGUACACACAGAUUUGUGCAGCACAAACUGGGUGUUGAACUCUAUUACAGUGCUUGGCAAUGUAUUUGCCUGCUCCAGAGCUUGUCCUGGUUAAUCCUAUAGCAGCAGUCAGAGUGCUUUUAUUGUGAAUAGCUCUGGAGUGCCUCUGAGAUAAGAAAGCUGCUGUAUUUACUUGAUGCUGGUAAUGGCUAUAAACCAGCGAGCAGGAUGCCUGUGUGGAGAUGGGCUGGUGCUGGAAAGAAUACUUAGAUCCUUAAACUCAGACCAAAAUUCAUUGGCAAUGUCAUGGAUGAAGAUGCUGGUGUGGGUUGCUUAGAUGGACUCAUCCAUAGGCUGAAUUGGACAAGUUUUCAAGGUGAUCAAGUUCUCCUAACGAGAGGUCAGAUCUCGACUCCAGCUCUUGAGUGUGGAUCUCCAUUCAUUUACUGUGCUUUGGACAAUGACAUUGCAGUGAGGAGUGUGAACUUAUACUCUCUUUGUCUUCACCUUGUUGUCCUUUUGGGUUUUUUUUACAACUAUUUUUGAUUUCUGCUUCAUAAAAGGAUGGAGAAGAACUGUCUCAGAGCAGAUCUAGCCAUUAACUGGCUCUUUAGAGGCCACUACGACCUUCCCUUUGGCUACCUACAGGUCUUUUAAUGGGCUUAUUCCUUUUUAUCCCGUUUCUGGCUCAAGUUAACUUGAACUGGAUUAAAGUGCUUAUGACAGGCAUAGUACUGCAAAUAGGGCUAAUUGGCCUGAUUUUUGUUCUACCUCCUAAAUACCUAAGAACUUAAUAUUGAACAGACCAUUAUUUACAUGUUGGCUUUAAUCCUUUUAGAGUUGAAAUCUUCCCAUGAGUCUCAAUGUUGAGCACUCAAUGAAAAAGCAUCCAAGUAAGUUAAAAUUGGCAUCAUUGGUGACGUGACAAAGGAACUAGCUCUGCUCUACGCUUUUGAUCCCAAGCCAUACGGCUACUGCCUUGUUCCAUCAGAGAGGA